AUGAAGCUGCCAGGCCAAGAGGAGUUUGAACAUUCUGGUGCUCAUGGAAAUGUUCUUGCAGAGGAACUGGACAGUGGCCUUGGCCCUGGUCCCAGUCUUGGUGGUCCCUCAGACACAAACAGUGAGGAAUCGGGGGUAUCCAAGGAUCCUCUGCUCUUCAUUCAACUAAAUGAGCUGUUGGGCUGGCCUCAGGCACUGGAGUGGAGAGAGACAGGCAGGUGGGUGCUGUUCGAGGAAAAGCUAGAAGUAGGUGCAGGCCGGUGGAGUGCCCCAUAUGUGCCUACCCUGGCAUUACCCAGCCUCCAGAAACUUCGAAGCCUGUUGGCCGAGGGUAUCGUACUGCUGGACUGUCAAGUUCAAAGCCUCCUGGAGCUUGUGGAGCAGGUAAUCAGUGGGGAGUCACUUAACCCGGAACUGAGAGGGCAGCUCCAAGCCUUGCUGAUGCAGAGACCCCAGCACCACAUCCAGACCCCAGGCAUCAGGCCCUGCAGAGGGUCUAAUGCUUUCAGAAAUGCUUCUCAUGAUGAGGACACCCCCUCGAAGCACUGGAAUCCCUUGAGACAGAAGCUGCCUCCAGGAGCUGAGGCAGCAGCAGUGUUGGCAGGAGAGCUGGGUUUCCUAGAUCAACCACUAGGGGCCUUCGUAAGACUGCGGAAUCCAGUGGUGCUGGAACCUCUUACAGAGGUGAUCUUGCCUAGCAGGUUUUUCUGCCUCCUUCUGGGUCCUCCCACCCAGGGAAGGAGCUACCAUGAGAUGGGUAGGGCAGCAGCUGUCCUCCUCAGUGACCCGCAAUUCCAGUGGUCAGUUCGUAGGGCAAGCAAUCUUCAUGACCUUCUGGCGGCCCUGGAUGCCUUCCUACAGGAGGUGACAACUCUACCCCCAGGUCGGUGGGACCGGACAGCCCGGAUUCCCCCGCCCAAAUGCCUAGCCUCUCAGCACAAAAGACUCUGCUCAGAAAGGCAGGAAGUCACAGGCUUUUCUGGUGGGAGUGGGGCCCAGGCAGGACAGCACACACCCGGUCCAGAGUUGCAAAGGACAGGCAGGCUGUUUGGGGGUCUUGUCCAGGACGUGCGCCGGAAGGCAUGCUGGUACCCAAGCGAUUUUUUGGACGCCAUACACCCUCAGUGUUUCUCAGCUGUGCGCCACAUUUACCUGGCCACAGUCACGAACGCCAUCACUUUUGGGGGUCUGCUGGGAGACGCCACUGAAGGUGCCCAGGGAGUGCUGGAGAGUUUCCUGGGCACAGCAGUGGCUGGAGCUGCCUUCUGCCUAAUGGCUGGCCAGCCCCUCACUAUCCUUAGCAGCACAGGGCCAGUACUGGUGUUUGAGCGCCUGCUCUUUUCUUUUAGCAGAGAUCACAGCCUGGACUACCUGCCCUUCCGCCUGUGGGUAGGCAUCUGGGUGGCCACAUUCUGCCUGGUGCUGGUGGCUACAGAGGCCAGCUUGCUGGUGCGCUCUUUCACCCGAUUUACAGAGGAAGGAUUCUGUGCUCUCAUCAGCCUCAUCUUCAUUUAUGAUGCUGUGGGGAAAAUGCUGAACGUGAUUCGUGCCUACCCAAUCCAAAGGCCAGGAUCUCCUGCCUAUGGUUGCUUCUGUGAAUACCCAGGCCCAGGAGGGAAUGCAUCUGAGUGGACAAGUACAAAGCACAAAGACACAGAUGUCUUAAGCCACCUAGGCCUGGUCAAUGCAUCCUUGCUGUCUCCACCUGAGUGCAUCCAGCAAGGAGGCUACCCUCGUGGUCCCAGCUGUCAUACAGUGCCAGACAUUGCCUUCUUCUCCCUUCUCCUCUUCUUGACUUCUUUCUUUUGUUCCAUGGCCCUCAAGCAUGUAAAGAGCAGCCGCCUCUUCCCCUCUGUGGUGCGCAAGGUGUUCAGCGACUUUUCCUCAAUCCUGGCCAUCCUGCUGGGCUGCGGCCUUGAUGCCUUUCUGGGCCUAGCCACACCAAAGCUCUUGGUACCCACAGAAUUCAAGCCUACACUCCCUGGGCGUGGCUGGUUGGUGCCUCCUUUUGGAGCGAACCCCUGGUGGCUGAGUGUGGCAGCUGCCGUGCCUGCUCUGCUGCUGUCCAUCCUUAUCUUCAUGGACCAGCAGAUCACAGCAGUCAUCCUCAACCGUGCAGAAUAUAAACUGCAGAAGGGAGCUGGCUUCCACCUGGACCUCUUUUGUGUAGCUGUUUUGAUGUUGCUCACAUCAGCACUUGGGCUGCCCUGGUAUGUCUCAACCACUGUCAUCUCCCUGGCCCACAUGGAUAGUCUUCGGAGAGAGAGCAAAGCCUUUGUCCCUGGUGAAGCCCCCCACUUCCUGGGCAUCAGGGAGCAGAGGCUGACGGGUUUGGUGGUGUUCAUCCUUACAGGUGUAUCCAUCUUCCUGGCCCCUGUGCUCAAGUUCAUCCCAAUGCCUGUGCUCUAUGGCAUCUUUCUGUACAUGGGGGUAUCAGCACUCAGCAGCAUCCAGUUCAUGAAGAGAGUGCAGCUAUUGUUGAUACCAACAAAACGUCAGCCAGACAUGUUGCUCUUGCGGCAUGUACCUCUGAGCAGAGUCCACCUGUUCACAGCUAUCCAGAUUGCAUGCCUGGGUUUCCUUUGGAUAAUCAAGUCUACCCCUGCAGCCAUUAUCUUCCCACUUAUGUUACUGGGCCUGGUGGGAGUCCGAAAAGCACUGGAGUGGGUCUUUUCGCCACAGGAACUCCUCUGGCUGGAUGAGCUCAUGCCAGAGGAGGAGAAGAACAUCCCUGAGAACGGACUGGAGCCAGAUCGUUUGUUCAGCAGAAGUGACAAUGAAGAUUCAGAACUGAUGUAUCAGCCAAAGGCUCCAGAAAUCAACAUCUCUGUGAAUUAG